UGCACACGUGAGGAUCCAUUUGUCAUUGAGCUUUUAAAGCUAUGGUUUGGCUCUAACGCUUCAGUUUUACCUGCAGGAAGAAUAACUCCGGAAAGUGUCAUAUACAGCUUUGGCACAUUGUUGUUGGAUGUUCUUAGUGGGAAGCAUAUUCCUCCUAGCCAUGCUCUUGACCUGAUUCGUGAUCGAAACUUCAGUAUGCUCAUAGACUCCUGUUUAGAGGGCCAAUUUUCGAACGAGGAAGGAACAGACCUGAUGCGUUUAGCUUCAAGGUGCCUGCAUUAUGAACCACGAGAGCGGCCUAAUGUAAGAUCUUUGGUUCUUGCACUGGCUUCUCUUCAGAAGGACAUUGAGUCCCAAUCUUAUGAUCUGAUGGAUAAGCCCCGUGGUGGUGCAUUUACUCUUCAAUCAAUUCAUCUUUCUCCUCUUGCUGAAGCUUGCUCCAGAAAGGAUCUUACUGCAAUACAUGAACAUCUAGAAACCGCUGGCUAUAAAGAUGACGAGGGAACAGCAAAUGAGCUCUCAUUUCAGAUGUGGACUAAUCAAAUGCAAGCUACAAUUGAUUCAAAGAAGAAGGGCGACACUGCAUUUCGACAAAAGGAUUUUAGCAUGGCCAUUGAUUGCUACUCUCAGUUCAUUGAUGUUGGUACCAUGGUUUCACCAACAAUUUAUGCAAGGCGUUGCUUGUCGUAUCUCAUGAAUGACAUGCCACAAGAAGCUCUGGAUGAUGCAGUGCAGGCUCUGGCGAUAUUUCCUACAUGGCCAACUGCAUUUUAUCUUCAGGCUGCGGCCCUAUUUUCAUUAGGAAAAGAAAACGAAGCUCGAGAAGCACUCAAGGAUGGUUCGGCUGUGGAGACAAGGAGUAAGGGGCAUUGAAGAUGGAUAGCUGAACAUCAGGUGCUUGCAUUUGGACAUAAUUUGUUGGAGACAACAGCAAUUGUUAAUCUGGCUUAGGCGCAUGGAGACCGUCAGUUAGCCUUGUGAUACAUAUAUAAUUUGUGGUGUAUAUACGAAAAACAUGCAUAGAUAGAAUAGACUGGAGAGAAGGCAAGACAGAGGAGAUACCGGCGGUGAAUAAAAAUGUUUAUCCUACAUGGAGUUAACAAGGGGAGAGGAGGUGAGCCUCUUCAUCCAGGUCACCCUGCCACAUAAAAGAGGAGAUGUAGAAAGGAAGAAAAGGUGGCCAUCUGUUCUGUCAAACAUCAUCAUCAUCACCCAUCAGAUCAUGUUAGUGUUGGUGAUAGAUUGUAGGGUUUGUAGAGCAAGUGGUGUUUGGUCUUUUUGCUCUUGUCUUGGUUCUCAGCUCAGCUGGGCACUGUGAUUUGGGUCAUGUACGAUUGGUAUUAUUAGGAGUGUAGUUGAGAGAAGAUUGCUGAACUCUCCUGUAAUGGUUCAAUCGUGGGCACAGUGUGAGCUUUGUAUAUUUGUGAGAAGGCUCUAUUCGGAACAGAUCAUGCUACUUUGUUGGUCCCGUAAGCCAUGAAAUGGUUGGUGGCAUACAGUGCGUUUCCUGGUA